AUGCCUAUUCCACCUUUGUAUACUUCUUCUGCAGGGGAUUUCAGAUCCGACACAUUCACGAUACCGACAAAAGAUUUCUGGAGCCAAGUGACCGAUGCUUCAUUGGGAGAUACUAUCAAUUUAGAAGAUACAGAUACGUGUUCAUUGGAAGCUAGAUUAUCUGACGAGAUUCUUGGUGGCAGGGUUCACAGUGGCGAGAAAUCAGAGGGUUUGUUUUGCAUGUCAACAACAUUGGCAAACCAAAUAGCUGUCCGCUCCCACUUGAAUUUCGCACCACCUUACUCUGUACUUUGUGAUAAACGAGCUCAUAUUUUUGUUGAUGAAUGUGCCGGGAUUGCAGUACUUUCCCAAGCUUUGGUAAUGCCUACCAUGGCAAGUAACGGCUGUUACUUAACAUUGGAAGAUAUAAAGGAGAAUUAUGUCCCUGACAUAGGCGAUAUACACCUAGCUCCAACAAGAUUAAUAUGCUUGGAGAACACCUUGCAUGGUAUGUUGUUUCCUCUGACUGAACUUCAAAGAAUCAGCGACUGGGCUCAUUCCCAAGACAUUAAAAUUCAUCUCGAUGGAGCAAGAUUGUGGAAUGCUGCCGCCGCCACCGCCGCCGCUAAUAAUUCCUCUUCGGAGUUUGAGACUGAAAUAGAAUACAUGCAAAAAGUGUCAAAAUUAGUGGACUCAGUCUCGAUCUGUCUUUCUAAGUCCAUCGGAGCACCAAUUGGUUCAGUGUUAGUGGGGUCGUCUCAAUUCAUCAAGAAAGCUAGGCACAUACAGAAACAACAAGGUGGCGGUAUAAGACAAGCCGGGUUUAUCACUAAGAUUGCUAAUUACUGUAUUGAUCUCAACUUCCCGAACAGGAUUGUUGAAGUUAACAAGGCUACCAGCAGGUUUUGGACAGAUUUAUUCCAUACACUAAAGGACCAGUAUCAGUUUGAAUUGGUCUUACAACAUCCUGUUGAGACAAAUUUUAUAUUUGUGGAUUUAGCUAAGUCAAAAAUAUCAUUGAAGCUCUUGUUGGAAUUUGCGGAAAAGAAUAAUGUUAGAUUAUGGGAUGGCAGACUAGCAUUCCAUUACCAGAAUAUCGACCAAGAAGGUUUGGAUCGUUUAAAACAAACCUUUAUUGACAUCGCGAAGUAUUACAAAGAGCAUCCAUAUGUUGCAGAAGAGAGAAGUGCCAGAAUUUAUUGA